CGUGAGGGGCCGAGGUGCCAGGCCCGCCGCCAUGGCCUACUGCCAGCAGGAAGGGAAAGAUCGCAUCAUAUUUGUGACCAAAGAAGACCAUGAAACUUCCAGCAAUGCAGAGUUGGUGGCCGAUGACCCCAAUGAUCCAUAUGAGGAACACGGCUUGAUACUGCCAAACGGAGACAUUAACUGGAACUGCCCGUGCCUGGGGGGCAUGGCCAGCGGCCCCUGUGGGGAACAGUUCAAAUCAGCCUUUUCCUGCUUCCACUGUAGCACAGAGGGCAUCAAGGGGUCAGACUGUGUGGACCAGUUCUGGGCCAUGCAGGAAUGCAUGCAGAAGUACCCGGACCUCUAUCCCCAGGAGGACGAGGAGGAGGAGGAGGAGGAGAAGAAGGCAGCGGAACACGGAGAGCCAACGGCUCCCCAUGAGGCCACUGUGACCAAAGACGGGGUGGACUCCAGCUAAUGCAGGCCCUGAGGCCCCGGGUUCUAGCUUUUCGUCUGCAGAGUGACGUGGACCUUCUGCAGAGAGCCUUUGAGUCACCCACCCUCCGAGAAAGUGUCUUUCCUCUCCUGCUGUGUGCACUGUAAUGUACAAAAUGACUCAUGUCGAUGAUUGGGGUG